AUGACUCAAAGUCAUUAUAUUGAGAAAAUUCUCAAGUGGUUUAAUUUUAUCGACUGUUCUUUUGUGAGUACUCCUAUGGAUCCAAGUGUGAAACUAAUGUCAAAUAACGGCGUUCCCAUUUCACAGUUGGAAUACUCUAAGGCUAUUGGUAGCUUGAUGUAUGCCAUGACAAGUACCAAACCUGAUAUUGCUUUUGUUGUGGGUAAAUUGAGUAGGUACACUAGUAAUCCCAAUGCUCAACAUUGGCAAGCAGCAAAUAGAGUGUUUAAGUAUCUCAAGGGAACCAUGAAUUAUGGUUUGAGUUACUUGGGGAGUCCUUCGGUUUUAGAAGAUCAUUUGGAUGCAAGUUGGAUAACCAACAUGGAGGACCAUUCCUCAACAUCUGGCUGGGCAUUCUUGCUUGGGGGAGGUGCCAUCUCUUGGGCUUCCAAGAAGAAAUCUUGA